AAACCUGUAUUGCUCUUUUCCAUAUCUGGAAAAUCAGAAAUUAUCGGGAAGCUCUCUUCCCGCGAAUAGAAUGAAAGCAGUCGCACCGUCGCCGCCGGAGACGUCUCCCACCGACGUCGUGCAGGCCUUCGCCCGCUUCCUCCUCAGCCACCAUUCUCCUUGCCUCCGCUCUAUCCUUCUCUCCGAUGACCUCACUCUCCACUAUUCAAUCCCCAUUGACUUCGCGGAGCUUCUGGAAUUCGAUCCGUCCCUCGCUUACCAGCUCUUCUCUCAGCCAGCCGACCUGUUGCCCCUCUUUGAUCAAGCCGCGCGCAUUUCGCAGACGGUUGUUCUUGAUGGAUCAGAUGGCUUCGAGGGCCGCGGGAGCACCAAGGAGUUCGUCCAUGUUCGUAUCAAUGUUACCGGUUCACCUCUUGAAUGCCCCGAAACUUUCCCGAAUAUUGGCAGGUUGAGGGUGAAGCACAGGGGAAUACUUCUUACUGUCAAGGGCACGGUUAUAAGAUCUGGUGCUGUUAAGAUGAUCGAGGGAGAAAGAGUAUACGAAUGUAGGAAAUGCAGGCAUAGGUUCAAAGUUCACCCAGAGCUAGAAACUGGAAACGCUGUAAGACUUCCAACGGCUUGUCCAUCAAGGAGUUCUAGAAUUUGUGAGGGAACAAGUUUCCAAUUUAUACCAGAUAGUAUAGUAUGCCAUGAUUACCAAGAGAUCAAGAUUCAGGAGAGCACACAAGUUUUGGGAGUUGGUUCUUUACCUCGAUCAAUACCCAUUAUCUUGAUGGAUGAUCUUGUUGAUGUUGUGAAAGCUGGAGAUAAUGUUAUGGUUACUGGGGUUCUAUCUGCAAAAUGGUCCUCAGAUCUCAAGGAUGUGCGGUGUGAUCUUGAUCCCAUUGUGAUUGCAAAUCACGUAAGGAGAACCAAUGAAUUAAAAUCAGAAAUUGAAAUCUCUGCCGAUGUCAUUAAAAAAUUUGAGCAUUUCUGGUCAGAUUUUAAGGACACUCCACUGAAAGGNAGGAAUGCUAUUCUUCAAGGGAUUUGCCCACAAGUUUUUGGUCUCUUCACUGUGAAGCUUGCAGUGGCCUUAACAUUAAUUGGAGGUGUCCAGCAUGUUGAUGGCUCUGGGACAAAGAUUCGUGGGGAGUCUCACCUUCUUCUUGUUGGUGAUCCAGGCACAGGUAAAUCUCAGUUUCUAAAGUUUGCUGCUAAAUUAUGCCAUAGAUCUGUGAUCACCACUGGGUUGGGGAGCACCAGUGCAGGUUUAACAGUCACAGCUGUCAAGGAUGGAGGAGAAUGGGUGCUGGAGGCUGGGGCGCUUGUUCUGGCUGAUGGUGGACUCUGCUGUAUAGAUGAAUUUGACAGUAUGAGAGUGCAUGAUAGAGCUACAAUUCAUGAAGCAAUGGAACAACAGACAGUAAGUGUUGCAAAGGCUGGCCUUGUGACAACUCUGAGCACUCGUACUAUUGUUUUUGGCGCAACUAAUCCUAAAGGACAAUAUGAUCCAGAUCAAUCAUUAUCAGUGAAUACGACAUUAUCUGGGCCAUUACUUAGCAGAUUUGACAUAGUUCUUGUCCUUCUGGAUAAAAAGAAUCCUGAAUGGGAUGCAGUUGUUUCUAAUCAUAUUCUAGCUGAGAAAGGAGAAGAAAAUUGUAGAAGAGAUUAUUCUGAAGACUUGGGUAGUGUCUGGUCCCUUCCAAUGCUUAGGAGGUAUAUCCACUAUGUUAAGCAGCGUUUCAAACCCGUCCUGACGAAGGAUUCAGAAAGAAUAAUUUCCAGUUACUAUCAGCUCCAGCGAAGAUCAGCAACCCAUAAUGCAGCUAGAACUACUGUCCGCAUGCUUGAGAGCUUAAUACGGUUGGCCCAAGCACAUGCACGGCUUAUGUUCCGAAACGUGGUUACCCAACUCGAUGCUAUUGCCGCCAUCCUCUGCAUAGAAUCAUCGAUGACAACAUCAGCAAUCGUUGAUAGUGUUGGAAAUGCUCUGCAUUCAAAUUUCACUGAGUUUCCAGAUCAAGAAUAUGCAAAACAGGGCAAAAUAAUUCUUGAGAAGUUAGGAGCAAUCAGUGACUAGUGUUGUCUAACAACAUAUGAGCUUCUUUGUUUUUCUUUUUUCUUUUUUUAAUGAGAUUAUGUUUUAUUUUCUGUUUUCUUGUAAUGUAGAGCACUUCGUUGCUGGACUGUAGGAAAUUGAUUCCAUUAUGGUUAUUGUAAGAGAGGAUCAUCACAAGCCUUCCCUUGGAUGUGUUUUCUUUGUACCAUGGGCUUGUUUGAAGGAGCCUCGCUGUUCUGCAAAGCUCCUUUAAAUGUCAUGUCCGUGGAACUGAGAUUUUCCAUUUGUGAUCUAAAACGGUGAAAAUUUAUUGUUCUGUUGAAACAAUUACAAGAGAUGUUGCUUUACCA